AUGAGUACCCCGCGCACCGUGGCUGAUGCACAUCUCCCACGCAUCCCCACUUCCAUCUUCAACGCCCCUUCUCAGCGCCUACUCGCUCUUAGCGCCCUCACUGCCCUCCAAGCAUACAAAUUAUCCAUCUCUCUCUCCCUAUGGUCCACACAGAGCUCUACACGCCUUCUAGACUCUGAAAUCGCUCUCUAUAGAUGGUCGCUGAUCGAUCUCUCUGCUAUCUUGCUUAUCUGGUGGUUGCGGAUCCCUCGACUGAGAUUCCACAAAUCCGUGUGGGUCGCUGCAGCAGCCGCGUUCUUUGCAUUUGAUUGGUUCCUCUUGGGCAGUUGGAAGCUACCCGUAACCCAGUUAUCCACACUCAUAAUCCCUUCUUCCCUGCUAAACGCGUUCACUUUCUACAAAACUCCGCAGGAACACAGCGUUAGGCUCAAGGACGUCAUCGGUAACCGCGAUAGCCAUCUCAGAGGCGAGCACACGGUUAGAGUUGGUGGCUUCAGCACCGCAAAGCUCAACCCAACCACUCAGUCUUUCUGUGUACCCAUAGCUCCCACCAAUCCAAUCGCCCUGCCUAUUCUCUUCAACAACACCGAUCCUCUCGUUCUCGCCUACUCUGUCACCCCCCUCAACCACGACGGCAGCUUGGCCGAGGAAAGCCAAGUGGAAAUCCAAGGCAGGGAGCUAGAGAAGAGCAGGCUUGGGUACGCUGAUGAUGACGAUGAUUUCUUCGACCCUAACCACGACUUGUACUCCCCACACGACGAGUUGGCUCUCUUGCCCCGUGGUCCAGGUGUCAGUGCCCCUCCACGCCUCCAGAAAACUCAAAAUAUCCGUUACAUUCCACUUAAUCCCUCCUCACUUCCUCCACCCCCUUUCAUCGUCCGCCUUAAGCACGUCGUCGACAAGUCUUCCGAAUUAGACGCCCGUCUAGCACGCACUGAGGCUGUCGUUGUAGAGUGUCCCUCUGCUGGUUUCGCUAGUGACCAACCCACACAACCCAACCACGGCGACCGCUGUGUCGGCGACAAGGUUGGCCUUCAGUUGGGUGUGCGUUCCGCCGGCGGUGCCAGUGUUGGUUGGAUCAGCCGCGGCCCGGAGGGAAGUGAUUUGCGAAAACUGGAUAAUAUCGGCUCGACAGCGUACACGACAUCUGCAGCGCAUGCACGCGCCGUAUCAACGACAACCUCCAUCCCUAUCAACGUUACGCUCGACAGGGCCGGUGCAUACAGUCUUGAGCUGGCUUCACUGGCUGAUUUCUUCGCCAACGAGCCAUACCCAUCGCUGUACGAGUCGGGGCUACAGCAUGCGUCGUCAUCUGUGCACUACAACUCGCACCCACGCCCUGUUGUACAGUUCGCUGGCUGUACAGCUGAGCAGCCCGUGCGGCUACUGGAGGGCGAGAAAGCAUCGGCCGAGUUGAGUGUGAGUGUUGGUGGUAUAUCCCCAGCGGAAGGGGGCGUUGAUGUUAGCGUAACUUAUUUCGAUAAUCCGGAUCUACAGCGCAGCGGUGCGUCUACUCCGCUCAGUGUGCACAUUCCCGCUGGACACACACACGCUGCCUUGCGAGUCACUCGCCCUGGUUACUACAAGAUGGAGGAGGUGCGCGGUGAGUACUGCAUCGGCGCAACGCACCUUCCCGACGUGUGCGGCGUGCAGACCACACCCAGACCGACACUCAAUAUGGAUAUACGUACUAUAGAAGACUGUAGCGGGGAAGUCGGUAUACGCGCUCAGAUGGCCCUCACCGGUGCAGCGCCAUUCACGCUAGCAUACCUUGUCGAGUUUGCUGGCGAAGCGAAGCGGGUAGAGAAGCGGAUUCACGCGAGCAGAGAUGAGCUCUCAUUGACACCGGAGCGUGAGGGCGAGUACAAGUACACGUUCCUAGCGCUGUCUGAUGCCAACUACCGCGAUAUCGCACUAGGAGAGCGAGGCGAGGGCAUAACGGCGACGCAGGUUGUACAUCCACUUGCAGGUGCGUCCUUCGCCGAGCCAUCUACCAAACGCACCGUGUGGAGCUGCGAAAGCGGGACGAUAGAUGUCCAAGUGGAGUUCACAGGGAGCGGUCCAUGGACGCUAGAAUACCAGACGAGUGGAACGAGUGCAUCUUCCAUCGCCGCACCCACUGCAUUCAGCGAGAAGGAUAUACACAACCGUCGUCACACACUCGCUGUGCCCAUACCUGCAGACAUUGAUCGCCUUGGGGGGCAAUUCCGCGUCAGCCUUGCUGGCGUCGAGGAUAGCAGGCGUUGUCGCAAGGCGCUAGCGCAGGAUUACACAGUGGUCGUGCAGAGGGUUAAGCCGACCGCAAGGCUAUCGGGCGCCACCAGUGCCACAGUACGCGAUGGAGAGUCAGCGUAUAUACCCGUACGCGUGACAGGCGAUCCGCCUUGGGUGGUAGGAUAUGAGCAUGGUGGGCAAGCUCACACCGUUACCACCCACUCGCGCCAGACUGACCUUGUCGUCGACAGCGAGGGGUUGUAUCGGCUGACGGAGGUGCGGGAUGCUCAUUGCCCUGGUACUGUUGUCACCGGUGAGGAUAGUUUUGCGCUUGACUUUAUCCCACGCCCGUCGCUCAGUUUGGGUAAGCAAACGCAGACGCAGGAGCAGAAGCGCAAACAUCAUCACACACUCCCGCCCGUGUGCACUUACGAUGACAGCGCUGUCUCCCUCGCUAUCUCGGGCGAGCCGCCAUUCGAGGUGGUGUACGAGCACACACACAGCGGUGCAAGAGCGGACGAGCGCAUUGCGAGUGUGCGUCAAAACCCUCUCGUCAGUCUCGACACAGCGGUGGCUGGCACACAUGUGUACCGGUUUGCGGGUGUUGGUGAUGCAAAUUACGCAUUGGCUGGGAGUGGGAGUGCGCAGGUGCAAGUAGAGCAGGUAGUGGUAGAGCGACCCUAUGCGCAAUUCGCGCAUACACCACGCGCGUCGUACUGUCUGGGCGAUGUCUUAGCGCCGCGUGAGCACGCUACACACCCUACUCACACCCCCCUCAUCGAGCUGCACGGCACAGCACCGUGGGUGCUUGACCUGGAGGUAGUCGAGGAGGGAGGAGCACAUGCUCGGCGCGUAUCUGUGCGCGAUAUCCGCGAGCCGCUGUGGGCGUUAGAUCUUUCCCCGCUGCGCUUGCUAGCUUUCGGCGCACACCGCAUCAGUAUUGUCGGCGUACACGACGCGAGUGCGUGUGUGGCUGAUGGGGGUGAGGAGAGCAGUGCACACCGUCGCAGCACCCUCAUCGACGUGGCGGAAUCAGCUACUGUCGUGCCGCGCGCUCGCGCCGAGGAUGUAUGUGUUGGUGACAGCAUGGAUUUCCAACUAGGCGGUAGUGCACCCUGGGUUGUGCGGUACGAAUGGGACGGCGUAACGAACACGGUAAAGAGCCGCUCGGCGCUUUUCAGCCGCGUCGCUGAGGAGGAAGGUCGCUUUGCGAUCACGGAGGUAUCCCACCACUCCCAGCGUUGCCCAAGCGCUGUGGAUAUUCGCCGUAGCGUUCACCCUCUCCCUGCAGCCUCGGUUAGCGAGGGAGACACUUAUAUUGAAGAUAUUCGCGAAGGCGAUCAAGCUGAAAUUCGCUUCUCCUUCACUGGCACUCCCCCUUUCACUUUCACGUACGAGCGUAGAGAAAACAUCCAGCGUGGACGCUCGCAUGAACUGGGCAGAGUGCUCGAGAGACAUACAGUGACGGAUAUUAUGGAACAUGAGCAUUCAAUUUACUCGUCGUUGGAGGGCACUUACGUCGUCUCCUUCAUCCAAGACAGCUACUGCAGAUAUCCAAAAGAUACACUGUAUAGAACAUGA